GGCCUACCAGACUGGACUCUCCGCCUUCCAUCCCUGCAGGAUGCUGCACUUGCCGCGUGUCAUCAUCGCGUAACCGCCAAUGGAGACCGCGCCUAGAGCCCAUCCCCCGUCCGCACCCAGGCCCGAUCGCGGCGCGGAUCGCCCGCUAUCGCGGCCGUUUCCUACGUCGAAAUCCGAGAAGGCGAGACCGCAUAGCCAAUCGAGUUCCGACACGUCUCACAGCACGACACCACGGGCCCAAUCGCAUGCACGGCUGCAGCCCUUCACUCCCUCGCACCCUUCCGUACCGCCCCGAAGUCCUCCUGCUACAGGCGGUUCCGUCUUGCGAGGCUCGAUAAGCCACGAGAAUCUGAGAUUAGGUUCGGAUUCCGAACCUGAAUCGAGCCUCGGUGACGAGCCGGACGGGUUUGAGUUCCCCGGUUUGUCGGGUUCGGCCGGCGGGCCGGUCGCCUCUGCGGUGUCGAGAGUUUCCGCCGCACGCCAUGCAUUUCCGCGGAGCGUUUCCGCCUCCAGCGGGAUUCCUGCGGAGACUUCCGCGCGCGCCCCGACUUCCCGCGGGCGCCCUCCCCCCGCCAGAUCAUCCGACGUGGACAGCAGAUCUGACGGUGGAGAUUCGCUUAGUUUAGACGACGUUAGGUCCGAUAGCGGCGGCGCGUCAUGGCCCGAUUAUGCGGGAAACGGCGGCGGAUCCCCUCUUUCCGGCGCCCGCGCGCUCCCCCAUUCCCCCCUUUCCUCGCGCUCUGCUUCCGCCAGUCCAAGCCGGCUUCCGCCUGGGCGCGGUAGGCCGGGAGUGAUCAGCCCUUCUGGCGGAGCAGCAGCCACGGGGGGACGCGAGUUUGCGCGUUCCGCCUCGCAGCCCGUGCGGAAGCUAGACUCAGUCAGACACUCCUCCGCACACACGCCUCCGCUCCCUUCCCCCCUUUCCUCCAGUUCCUCCGCUGGUGCAGCUCCCCCGCCAGGUCUUCCCCCCGCGAGGAGAGCUGGGGAACAAGCGCAAGGGCAAGCGCGCGCCCGCCCGAUGACGUCGGGGAAAGCCCCGCUGGCGGCGGAGGGGUUCGCUGGCGGGGGAAGGGGAGCAGCAGGCGCGCCGAUCAGGAUUACCGCAGCUGCCUCCGCCGCCGCCGUGGCUGCUGCUGCGGAUGGCGCAAGCAGUGCUACAGCCGCCGUUCCCCCCGGCGGCGCUGGCGGCCUGCGCACUGUGGCGGGCGCGGUGGCGUCUCGCGCCCUGAGGAAGAGCGCGAGCGCGCCGCAGGUGCGGCCGGGGGAGGGGCCGUCGAACGCGAGCACGCGCGCCGUGGCUGAGAGGGCGGCGCUGAAGCUGCGGGGCCGGGGACACCCUGGCAGUGCUGACGCCGGGGGUGGUGGGGGUGCCGGAGGGGGUGAUAGUGAUGGGGUUGUGGCAGGAGUAGGAGCAGUAGGAGCGGAGAGGCCGAGGACGAGAGUGGGGCGGGGGGCGAUGCAGGGAGAAGCCGAUGAAGACAGCCCACGGCUUGGCCGCGCAGGCGCGCAUGGCGCAGGGCCGAGCGCAGGGGAUGUAGGGGGCGGGGUAAGGGUGGGCGGGUUUGCAGCGCCGAGGGAGCGGCCCACGACGCCCCCGAGGCGAGACAUGUCUGCUGCGAGCAGCGCUGCUGGCGUUGCUGCCGCUGUUGGCGUGGGUGUGGUGCUAGACCGCCCCAAGACGCCGUCGCGCAUGGACAUGCACGACGCGGAGAGGGCUAGAGCGGCCGCCGCAGCAGCAGGAGGGGGAGUGGCAGCAGCCGGCCCACUGCAGCAGCCGCUGACCCCGCGGGUGCUGGAGCGGCCGUCCACGCCGCUGGCUGGGCAGCGCCCCACCACGCCUCUGCUGCGCGCCGAGGCGGGGCUCGAGCGCCCAAGGACGCCCACGAGGCGGCAGGACGGGGAAAGAGGGCACGCAGGGGGGGCGGCGGCAUGGGCGGAGGGGGCGGCAGGGCGACGGGAGGGGGCUCUGGAGAGGCCGAAGACGCCCACGAGGCGGCAGGAUGGGGCGGCAGGGGGGGUGCGGGGGGAGGAGCCACAGGAGCGGCUGGAGCGGCCGACCACUCCGCUCCACGGGAUGGAGGCAGCCCCCCCGCGCACAUGCACGACGUGGGCGUGGCAGGGGGGCGAUUGGGGGCAGCAGAGCGCCUAGAUGUGGACGUAGAGCGGGCAGGGCCUGCAGGGCGCCCGCACACGGCAGUGAGCCGAGUGCAGCCCGGCAGCCGGGCGGACCGGUCCAGCUUCCGCGGUAAAGUCAGGCCCAAGUCGUUUGUGGAGAGGGGAGGGGGAGGGGGAGGGGCAGCGUGGGUUGGCGCAGCGGCAGUGCAGCGGCCCACCACUCCUGUGAGGCGCGCUGAUGGGUCCAUGGACCGACCACUCACUCCUGGGGGGAGGCGGGCGGCCAUGGGGGGAGAGGGGGGGGCAGGAGGAGGAACGUCAGGAGGGGAAUUUGCAGGGAUCGAACGGCCCUCAACGCCCGCUGGUAGGAUAGCUGGGGUCGAUCAAACGGUCCUGCUCGACCGCCCGUCAACGCCCCUGGGCGGCCGCCCAACCACACCGCCCGGCGCCCGUCCCACUACGCCAUCUGGCGGGCGGCCGACGACGCCGGACCGCGGGCGGCUGGACGCGGCAGUGAAUCCCCUGGCUCGGGCGAAUCGGAUGGCGCCGUUCCCCAUGCCGCUGUUCCCCCACUCUGCUUCCACUGGGCGCGGCGGCGUGGGCGAGUUCGAUCGCCUCUGCGUGCAGCAUGAGGACGAGGAGGACGAGGAGGCG